UACCCCUUCGUGCUCGUGUUGCGCUGAUCCGGCCGGCUUGUGGCGGCCGCCAGCCUUCCGAGUGCACGGCGCUCUUGACUUUCUCUGUGUUUUCCUUCUCCAUUCUACAGUUACCUUUUCGGAUUCUUGCUGUUUACUUGAUCGUUAAGGCAAAAUUGCUUUUCCUAAGGUUCGAGAGUAUUUCGUGGCUUGGUCAAUCGCUAAUUGGAGUCGAGGAGGCGUGAGAGAGAGAGAGAGAGCUUCGGGACAAGGCCACCUCACGGUUCGUUUCUUGAGCUGUUCGUAUCGGCGGCCGCAUGGUAUGAGCUCUGGUGUCCCAGCAAGUCCUAUCCGCUGCAUCUGGGAAUCUUGUCAUUCUUUCCACUUCAUUUUUUUCGCUGAGACUUCUUGCAAUAUGGUUAGAGGAUAUGUGCAAGAGCAUAUCUACAGGCACCCAUGGGAGCGGGUUACGGCCGCAAAUUGGAGAAAGUAUGCUGAUCCUGAACACAGACCAUUACUCUCACACGUUGUAGACGUUAGUAUCGUGAAUAGAACCGAGGAUCAGGAGGGGGGCCAGCUUCUCACGACGCGAUCAAUAACUGUAAAUACUCCCGGCCCCUGGUGGCUUCAGCGUCUCAUGGGAACAAACGUGUGCCAAUGCCUAGAGGAGUCCAUUGUCGAUAAUGGCAAGCGUUCCUUGGAAAUGAUUACUCGCAAUGUAACUCUGAAAGACUUCGUUGAUGUUGAAGAAAAAUGCUCCUAUCUUCCACAUCCUGACAAUGCAAACUGGACCCUCUUCAGACAAGAGACGAACAUAACAUGUGCGUCCAUGCCAGCCCUGAAAUCCGUAGCAGAAAAGAUUGAGCAAAAGUGUGCUGAGAAGUUUCAGCAGAACAGUGCACGCGGCAGAGAGGUUGUAGAGUUUGUGUGCAAAGCUUUGGAACGGGCAGAAACAGCUUCAAAAGAUCAGCCUCAGUUGGUUGUGAAUUCCGAGCAAAGCUUUGACGCACAUUCUGGUAGUCCCUGCAACACGAACGUGUGGAAGAUCUUUGAAAGAGCUGAGUUCGUGGGUGCUACUUUGUAACAAACACUUCUUGAAGCGGUUACGACACAUGCUUUUGGGGGCAUUCUUGUUGCCUGUCACCUACGAAAGAUUUGGUGAGAUAUUUUCAGGCAUCAUCUUGAUUGUAAUAGUUUACACACGGUACUGUAUGUACUACGAUUUUGCAAUGGUAUGGUAUAGAAAAUUCUUGUCAAGGUCAUUCUUAAUCCGAAUUUGCUUCCCCCUUUGCUUGUGGGUUAAUAUAAUUGACUAUUACAUUUGUGGGUGAAGUGGCAACCUCUCUUCAUCCAACUCACAUUUAUGUUCAAUAUAAUUUUUAUUACUUAUAUUAUUA